AUGCGACUGUAUUCCAUUCUUCUCAGCCUGCUGGCACUGGCUGUUGCCAGAGUGUGCAGCACCGCAUUGACGUAUAAACUCGGCGCCAAUGAGAAGGCCUGUUUCUUCAGCAAUGUCGAGCGACAAGGCGCCAAAAUCGCAUUCUAUUUUGCUGUUCAAUCCGGUGGUUCCUUCGACAUUGACUAUGAGGUGGUAGGCCCCAAUGACAAGAGAAUCAUGGCAGGGGAAAAGGAAAGACAGGGCGAUUUUGUCUUCACCGCGCAGACUGCGGGCGAGUACCGGGUCUGUUUCAACAAUGAGAUGUCUACGUUCGCGGACAAGAUGGUGGACUUUGAGGUUGCCGUCGAAGAUGAAUCCAAGUCCGCCCUCCUCCCACAGAAAGCCGGCUCAACUCCUGAACAAACAUCUGCAUUGGAAGAUCUGGUCUUCAAGAUCAGUGGGCAGCUCAGCACAGUCAGCAGAAUGCAAAAAUACUUCCGCACGCGAGAGAACCGUAACUUCAGCACGGUCAGGAGUACUGAACAGAGAAUCUUCAACUUCAGUUUGAUUGAGGUGUGCAUGAUGGUUGGUAUGGCUGGACUCCAGGUCUUGGUGGUAAGAUUUUUCUUUCAGGGGGCGAGGAAAGGUGAGUUCUCUCAUACGGUGAUUUGA